UCUUUUAAUUUACUAGAAUUUUCGUUACAUGUCAUUGUAAUGUCAAAAUUUUGAAUAAACGUAAUAAGUCGUAAUUUAUCAAUACAAUAUUCGUGACACCUUUAAUUUCUAAAUUAUUUCGUGUUUUCCACGUACAAUUUUUAUUAAUUUACAAUUUAUUAAAAAAAAAUCUGAAGUUCCGGUAAAGUGAACAUAACCUCACCGAAAAAUAAUACUUCAGUGACAGUCAAGGCAGCUUUUUUUGCCAUUUAUUUAUAAGACUCAGUUAUUCUUAAACUAUCAACAUGGCAUCUAUGUUAUUAAGUCGAAUGUGUUGCUCCCCUGGUGUACGAGCUAGCACCAUCAGGAAAUUACCGGUUAAAAGUUUCGUAAGGAAUUAUGCUAGGGAUUCUAGGGAGAGCUUUGAAAGGGCGACCAGAAGACCAACUUUACGAGAAAAAGCCAUGGCACCAGCUACAGAUUCAGCUUUUAAUAUUGGAAAAGGUGCUUUGGCUGGUGGUGCUGUUGUGGGAUUAGGUGCCCUUUGUUUUUAUGGUUUAGGAUUAUCUGACCAAGCGGGAGCUUUAGAGAAAUCAACUUUCUGGCCCCAAUAUGUAAAAGAUAGGAUAACAACAACUUACAUGUAUUUUGGGGGAUCGUUGGCAAUAACAGCAGCCAGUGCUGUUGCAGCAUUUAGGAGCCCAGCUAUUUUAAGAUUAGUUGCAAAUAACGGAUUUAUGGGAAUUGCAAUAAGUCUUGCUGCUAUAAUUGGUACAGGAAUGUUAGCUCAAGGGAUAGAAUACAAAGAAGGUUUUGGAGCAAAACAAAUUGCUUGGAUCUUGCAUUCUAGUGUUAUGGGUGCUAUGGUGGCCCCAUUAUGUUUCUUAGGUGGUCCAAUUCUUAUCCGAGCAGCUUGGUAUACUGCUGGAAUUGUUGGUGGUUUAAGCACAAUAGCUGUUUGUGCGCCAAGUGAAAAAUUCUUAAUGAUGGGAGGUCCCUUAGCGAUGGGGUUGGGAGUAGUUUUUGUAUCUUCAUUAGCCACAAUGUUUUUACCACCAACUACAGCUAUAGGAGCAGGCCUUUAUUCGAUUUCUCUUUAUGGAGGGUUGUUAUUGUUCUCUGGUUUCUUGCUUUAUGAUACUCAACGCAUUAUAAAACAAGCUGAAACUCAUCCUGCUUCGGCUGCUUUGUAUGGAGUACGACCAUAUGAUCCAGUCAAUGCUGCAAUUGCGAUUUAUUUGGAUACUUUAAACAUUUUUAUAAGAAUGGCGACUAUUUUGGCUGGUGGCGGACAACGAAAGAAGUAAAAAUUAAUUUCCCCAUUUACUAAUAAUUUAGAUAUUAUUUUAACCAUUAAUUUUUAUUCUAGUUAACAUAUUUUAAAUGGCGCGGAAAUUUUAAGUUCACUACUUUUGUAUAAUUAAGAGUUGUUGCCUAUUAAAAAAUAACAACACUGUUUAUGAUACAAAUUGUUUUCAUUUUGCUUUUAAUUUAAGAUUGUAUAUAGAUUAUAUAUUGGUUACAUCUUAGAUAUAGAUUAUUUUAUACAUACAAAUUUCUUUCUACUUCUAAAACAUUUCUGACUUCUUGAACUAGAUUAUUCACUAUGUUAACUAUAAAAGAUUUCCAUGUCAAACUAGAACCUUCUAAUUCUUCUGUAAUUGUAAAUAAAUAAGUUAAGAUAUCA